AUGCAGCCCCCUGGCCUCGAGGGGCUCCUGGCUGCCGGCGGCUUCGCAGGCGGCCAAGGCAGGGUCCUGCCGCCCCCCUCGGCCCUCGGCUGCUCUUCGCCUCCCCCCGGGAUGAACCCCGGUUACCCGACGGAGGAAGCGGCCAAGCCGUGCCUUACGGCCCCACCGGGCCCCGCCGCCCCACCGGGCCCCACCGCCUCCGCUCCGCUGCCCUACGGGUACCUGGGCGGGGGUUAUUACUCGUGCCGUGUCGCCCGCAGCGCCCUCAAAGCCGGCCCGGCACAGGGGCCCUUUCCCCCUGAGAAGUAUCUGGACCCCCCCACGGGCAGCGAGGACUUCCAGAGCCGUCCUGCAGAGUUGGCUUUCUAUCCCGGUUAUGGGGCCCCGUACCAACCGAUGGCCGGGUACCUGGAUGUGUCGGUGGUGCCGGGGCUGGGUGGUCCUGGGGAGCCGAGACACGAAGCGUUGCUGCCCGUGGAUGGUUACCACCAACCCUGGGCUCUGGGCGGCAGCUGGAGCGGCCAGAUGUGCUGUCCUAAGGAGCAGGGCCAGGCCGGCUACCUCCUGAAAUCAGCUUUUGCAGACGCCGCCGCUCCGCUGCCCCCCGACGGCUGCGCCUUCCGCCGGGGUCGUAAGAAGAGGGUCCCAUACAGCAAAGGGCAACUGAAGGAGCUGGAGAAGGAAUACGCCAGCAGCAAAUUCAUCACCCGAGACAAGAGGAGGAAGAUCUCGGCCGCCACCAACCUUACGGAGAGACAGGUCACCAUUUGGUUCCAGAACAGGAGGGUGAAAGAGAAAAAAGUCGUCGCCAAAAUCAAAAGCAACAGCAGCAGCGCUCAGUGAGGACGCGGCCACCCCACAUCGCAGCCCCAAAGGAUCCCAAAGGCACCGGGAUUGGGGUGAAACACCGUCCCCAUCGAGCAGUGAAGGGCAUCCUGGUCCCGAGGGGCAAAACCCAUCAGCAAAUGGGGGGCAUCGCGAGUUGGAAAGGGCAACGUUCCCACCUUGGACUAUGUACAGUUUGCUCUUCCUGCCUUACCUCGUCGUUUUCUCCCCGUCUCCCUUUGCUUUUGUUCGAACUGCAUCAGCAGAGCGCUUUAAAGAAAAAGAAGAAGAAGAAAAAAAAAGCCUAAUUGCAUUAAUUAACCCCGAACGCAACUCCUGUCUAGUCUGCGUGCGGGGGGAGGGGGGGGGGAACUGCACACGGAUUUGGUCUGCACAGCAAAAACAGCAAACGGCAUCGCCUUCAUUACAGACAUGAGCACCAAAAAUGCUCAUUUAAGGGGGAAAUUCGUGCAGUCCAUGUGUGCUGUAUGGAAUCUCGUGCCCAUUUCUUGCUUGUGUGGAUGCAUAUGCACACACAUUGCUGCAGGCACCCGCUGCAUUGCUGCGAUAUAUCAGAGAUGCACAUAGGUGUGCACAGUUAGGAUUGCGCCUUAUUUUCCCUUUCCUCACCUGCUAUCUUUGUGUUUGUGUGUCGAUAUAUAUACCCUGAUGUGUAGAUGUAUGCAUGUACACAUGCAGUAUGGUACCAGCUGUGUGGAUAUAAAUAUAUAUGCACGUGUUUGUAUGCAUACAUACAAUCCAUGUAUGUUCGUGACUAUAUUUUGAUACGAGUAAAUGCAAUUUGUAUAAUUCCAUACACGAUUUCGUUUGUACUAAUAUUGUACCCACCUCCUCCUAAUAAUACUGAAUUAUAGCGAUAUGUUUCAUAGCAUGAGCUCAGAUAAACCCUUCGUCAUACAAAAUGAAACUGGUGAAUAUUAAGAAACGCUGUGAUCCUUUACAUC